AAUGAUUUGUCAUAAAGGCAACCUCAUUAGCUAGCAAGCUAGGUGCUGCCAAUUCUCCUACUCUAUCUUGUUUUCUAAGUCUCUACUCUUUCUGUCCACUCCUCAACCAAAACUUCUUCUCCAAGCACCUUUCUAUCUUAAAGAAAACAACACCUUAUAUAUUAUAAUUACAAUAUUCCUUUCGAAAACUUUCAAACAAAUUCACCUAUAUUUAUACUGUAUUUCCAACUAAACAAAAACAAUAAGCAAUUGCCAUAUUUAUGUCAACCAUAGGAUCUGAUUAGCUGGACUAAGGCAUGGUGGCAGGUAAUAUAACUAUACAUAUAUGUCAUGUACUCAUGUGUCUUUGGCAAAAAGUUCUGGUCCAUACAUAAAAACUAUAGAUACCAUUGUGGAAGCAGUAGUUAGCUGAAUUAGCCAAUAUACCAACUUAAGAAAAUAGCUACCUAACCAAAGAAUGCUCAUCAAGAUUAUUCUUCACUAUGUCUUCAGUUUAAUAAAUAAAACAAAAUGGUAAUAAAGUCUAGGCAAAGAUUUAACAUUGUUUAUACUUUCAAUUUCAAUGUAUAAAACCCUUUUAAACUCAAUACUAGAAUUUUGAUGGUGCUAUUUUUGAGUAAAGUUGGCAGAGAAAUUUAAAUUCAGUGUUAAUUAACUAUUCAUAACAGUUUUGUCACUAGGCACUUUCCAUUUGUUUGGGCUUAUUCUAUGGUUUUGUUAGUAAAAUAAGAAUAGCCUUAAAAGCAAGUGUUGCUUAUAAGCACACAUAAGGCAAAGAGAAAGAGAGUUAUUAUUCCAAAGAAAAGAGAAAGAAGAAAGAAGAGGGAAAGGAGUGAGUGCUGUGGCUUUGUGGUGCAGCAAUGGCAUCAACACCAAAACAGUCUUAUGAACAGCAGCCACUGAAUGCGCAGCAGCGAGCUAGGAACUCGGGGAUGAUCAACUCUAGCCAGAGUCCAACAGGGGAUGACAGGGAAGAGGAGAUGUCGAGAUCAGCCUUGGCGAUGUUUCGAGCCAAGGAAGAAGAGAUUGAAAGGAAGAAAAUGGAGGUGAGGGAUAAGGUUCAUACUUAUCUGGGAAAAGUUGAAGAAGAAACAAAGCGCUUGGCUGAGAUUAGAGAAGAGCUUGAAUCUCUCACAGAUCCAUUGAGGAAAGAUGUUGCAGUAAUUCGCAAGAGGAUAGACAUUAUUAACAAAGAAUUAAAGCCACUGGGUCAGACCUGCCAAAAAAAGGAGAGAGAAUACAAGGAUGCCCUUGAAGCUUUCAAUGAGAAAAACCGAGAAAAGACUCAACUAGUUACAAAAUUGAUGGAGCUGGUGACUGAAAGUGAGAAGUUGAGGAUGAAGAAGCUUGAAGAGCUAAGCAAAAACGUAGAUAGCCUCCAUUGAGAUGCUAAUGAAUAUAACCUUUUUGUAUUUACUUCAGUGUGCUUUUGACUAGAAUCAUUAUUUUUACUCCUUCAAUGUGCCAUAUUUUGUGAUUUCGUUUGUUAUUUUGCUGACAAAAAAUUAGGAAAUAUUGUCCAUGAAAAUGUGUGAAAUUAGACUCUUGAAUUCUGAAUUGCUGCGAAAAGUUCUUGUCGUUUUA